AUUUAAUUGUGAUAGCCGCGCCAAAUUUCCCAGAUUUUCUGGAGUGUCUUGAAAGUUGGGUCGUCGUGUUAAGAAAUACUCUCUCAGGUUAGGAACGGGUCUUUGAUAUGGCCAAAAGCCCGGAAAACGCCGUGGAAGAUUAUCUACGGACCCAGAACCGCCCGUAUUCGGCCAAUGACAUCGUGCUCAAUCUGCAUAAGGAGCAUGGCAAGACCGCCGUUCAAAAGGCCUUGGACUUGCUGGUGGCCGACGGAAAAGUGUCGGAGAAGCUCAACGGCAAGCAGAAGCAAGACCUGAUCAGUCGGGAGGACAAGCGGAAAUUGGAAGAAAGCCACGAAUCCGCCGUCAAGGAAUGGCGGAAGCGUAAGCGUAUUUGUCUCUCCAUCACCGAUGCCAUUUUGGAAAGCUAUCCCAAGCCCAAGAAGGCCUUGUUCGAAGACAUCGGCAUUGAGACGGACGAAGAUGUGGGUGCCAAAGUCCCGGACAUUUAAUCACUACCCCACCCUCGUUGUUAUUUCUUGAUUGUAUUUAUUUUGAGGCUUUGUUAUUAAAAUCCGGUCCAUCCGACCGCAUCAUCCAUCA